AUGAAAGGGUUAGGAGCCAACCGCAGCCGCCACCUGUCUGACUCCUGUGAGCCAGCGGGAUGCCCACAGAAGCCUCUCUAUCCUUUAACCUCUGACCCUCACAGUCCUUUUCUGUUGAGCCCCACCAUAAACCACUAUGGCACCCUGGACCACCAUCUCCACCAGUGUUCUCCCACCAGCCCAACCAGCCCAAACGCCAUGACCCCUGACUGUCUGCUGCCCUUCACCCAGAUUUCCAACAGCAGCACCUUCCCUCGUCUGCACUACACCUCCCAGUCGGACCAGGUUGACUGCUCCCAGGCCUGUAUGGCUGGGGGUGUUGGAGUUGGGCAGGGCGGCAGGCAAAAUCCACUCUCCACCUCCUUGUCUAUGGGCAUGGGCUUGGGUCUAGGCCUUACUGGGGCUCCGAUGAUCACCAGUGGAUCAGCCACCAUCUCCUCGGCAGCAGCAGCCAAGAUGAAUCGGUUACCCUCCAACCUUUUGGAUCAGCUGGAGAGGCACCUGCCCUUACAGCGGGACGGCUUCAGCACACUGCAGUUUCACAGAGGACGUAUGUCUAAGCAACGCAGCGAGAGCCCCGGACGCAUACGCCACCUGAUGCAUUCUGUGCAGAAACUAUUCGCUAAAUCCCAGUCCCUGGAAAAUUCUGCAAUCAAAGGCAACGUAAAUGGGCGCUCUGCUGGAGGGACGACUGGCACAGGAUCCGGUGAGGAGGGUGGUAGACCAUCACGCAGGAGCAAGAGUAGAGACAGGGCUAAAACUGAGGGGCCAAAGCAGAGACCGAGGCCCAAUGCACUAGGCUUCUGGAGCUCAGACGACACCCUGGACACUGACUCUACCAAAACUGGCACUCUUGCUGUUGGUUACCGCAACCCGCUGACCAUGAUGACUCUUGGUCGAGCGGUGUCAGACAGCCAGGCCGGUCCCAGACACAUCCCACAGGGCUACAACACCAUUUCUGCACAUAGCUUAAAGACCUCGAAAAGCAGCAGUGACCUCAAGUUUCUGGCAUGCCAGGCCACACAGGUAGGAUCCAAGGAUGGAUUCAGAGGAAGCAAGGAUGACAUACUGGUGAAGAGGGGCUCCUGGUCCACUCUCACACUCAGCCAGGCCAGGCAAGUGUUGCAGAAAGGCUCGACUUCAGUUAACAGGACCCUGCUUAAAACAAAGUCAUGCCACCAAGACCUGGCACAACAGUUUCUUCAGGUCCCGAUGGGGGACUGGACAGGAACUCUGGGCCGCGGCCGGGGCAAAGGAACUGAGAUCCCCUGUCGAAGGAUGCGCAGUGGCAGCUAUGUGAAAGCUAUGGGGGACCUAGAAGACAGUGAAGAUUCAGAGGGGAGCCCCAAGCCUUCCCCUAAAGCGUCCGCCCGUCGCCAGAGCUACCUGAAGGCCACCCAGCACUCCAUGAGUGAGCAGCAGCCGCCUCUAACUCAACGCAAGCCUCGUUGCUACGCUCUCAUGCGGGAGGAUUAUCUGUGGUCUCCACUACAGAAUGCAUGCUCUAUGCAGCAUCUGAGCUCCCUGCCGUCCCUGAAAGAACUGUCAACUAAUCGGAGCCUCGAUAACUUGGACUGCCUGGUGAGUCCUACAGAGGCCCCCCCACGCUACAGGAGCAAUGAUUUCAGUCAAUGCGCUGCCACACUGGGCCGAGCCUCGGGCACGCAGGUAUACGGGCACGGCUACGGGCACUCAGUACCGUACUGUGAGGGGGAAUCGCAGGCAGUGGAGGCUCUGGAUCUGCCUGCGCCUACAUGCUUCCGGUCGCGCAGCCACAGCUACCUGCGGGCCAUCCAGGCGGGCUGCUCCCAGGAUGACGAUACGGCCUCUGCAGACUCAGACUCAUCACCACCCACCACUACAGGCCACAGCUACAGCUCCAACACAAUCAGCAAUAGGAAGGCUCCUCCUCCAGUCCCCCCCCGCACCACAUCCAAGCCCCUCAUCUCGGUGACGGUGCAGAGCAGCACAGAGUCGGCCCAGGACGUUUACCUUGACCAUCAGGACCGUGGCAGCGAGGCCAACAGCCAAUCAGGACGCAGCAACUCGUCUGACAGUCUCUGUAGCAUCCGCACGGGCAGUCUGGCAAAGGGGACCCGGCCCCCACCAGUCCCUGUCCCUGCUGCAACCCCUGCACCCACUGCAGGCUCUGUACAUCCUGUCCCAGCCCCCCGUGACCUCCCUCCUCCCACCACCACCAGCACUGUCGCCACUUCCACCACUUCCACCUCUACCCAGUCCCAACAUGACACCCUGAGCUUUGGCUUCACCCUACAGCAACCGCCGACUGCAACCAAGAGGAAACUGUCCUCCAUCGGAAUUCAGGUGGAUUGCGUUCUUCCAGUGUUGAGAGAAGAAACCCUCCCCCUGGCUGCACCCCUCACGUUUCAGUCUAUUGGAGUUCAAGUAGAGAACGGCAGGCCUCUCAGCCGGGACAGCAGCAUGGCUUCCAGACAAAAUACAGAGACUGAGCCUCAGGAGCCCCAGGAUGCCGCACCCACAGAAAACAACACAGCCAACGGCACCAACGGUCAAUCGGUGAAUGCCAGCAGACAGGACAAAGCCAUGGAACACUCCUCAGCCCCCUCCCGGAUAUCCAACUCCCCCGCGGAGACUCUGGACCCGGCUUUAGAUCCCUCCUCGCUGCCACCGCCUGAUCCCAGCCUUGAGCCCGGGAAUUGCAGCAUCGCCCCCGGAGACAAUGCUCAGCCCGGCACACCAGCUUGCCUCCGAGACGGUAACUGGUUUCUGAAGCUGCUACAGGCGGAGACGGGGCGCAUGGAGGGCUGGUGUCAACAGAUGGAGAAGGAGACCAAAGACAACAAGCUGUCAGAGAGGGUGAGAGACAGAAUGCUGGGGACGAUCCGCAGUGCAGUAGGCAGUGCGCAGCUCCUCAUCACAAAGAAGUUUGAGCAGUUCAGAGGACUCUGUAAUGAGAACUUGAACAUAAAUGCCAACCCACGACCAACAGCGCAGGACCUCGCAGGGUUCUGGGAUCUGCUACAACUCUCUAUAGAGGACAUCAGCAUGAAGUUUGACGAGCUGUACCAACUGAAAGCCAACAACUGGCAACUUCCUGAAAAACCAGAGAAGAAGGAUGAAAACAAGCCGCUUCCAUCAUCUGUGCCAAAGAAGCAGACUAAGCCCAAGCUGUCGGCAGGGAAGGACAGAAGCGUGGACUCUGCCGUGGACAAACAGCGGCAAGAAGCCAGGAAACGCUUGAUUGCCGCGAAGCGCGCCGCAUCAGUACGACAGAACUCGGCCACGGAAAGCGCCGACAGCAUCGAAAUCUACGUCCCAGAGGCCCAAACCCGCCUCUGAGAGUGAACCAGCACAGAUCAUCGAGGAAAAAAAAAUCCAGACUCACUUCAGACAUUCAUUGACAAAAAAAAACCACACACAGAGACAAACACACAGACGUACAACGGAUGCACAGAGGCCGAUCCCUCACAGCAGCUGACGGCGGGAGAAAUGUGGCGAUCACACACACCCAAAACAAUCCAGAAUAUUGCAGACCAUCACCUGCCAUGGGACAGAAAUAACCUUGACACAUGUUUAAUACUAUUGUUAUUAUUAUUAUUAUUAUUAUUGACAUCAUAAUAAUUAUUAUCUCCUAAAGUAUAUCAGGACUGUCUUAAAUGUGCAAGUAUCUUGGAUAAGGACAUCCUGUACCACGUGAGCUGAAGAAUCUUGGUAUCCCAGAAGUUUACUCCCUCUUAAAUCUCCUUUCACUGCUGAGUCUACCGGCAACUUGUGGCUGCCUGGUCGACGAGCUGAGCUACCAUACACACACACUCAGGACACACAUGCAGGUGUACUCACUGUCCACAGAGUCUUCCUGUUCUCUAUUUGUAUUAGGCUGCUACUCGUCGGGUGUGCUGUGUGCGCGUCACUGCGUACCAAUCAAAAGGAGGUGUUGGAGGUUUCAAAAUGCAGAGAACCAGAGGAAGGCAGUAGCAUAUAUAUUAUAAAUAUCACACUAUUACAAUGUUCAUUUUGUAAAUGUUGUAUACCAGAUUAUUUGUUAGAAAGAGGUCCGUGUUCAGUACCAAGGUAGUUUUUUAUAGAUCGAGUACAUGUCAUUUCAUGAUAUAUUAGCACUCCACCUCUCUUUCUCUCUUCCUCUCCUCAUCACAAACACACAGUGCACAGUCUGUGUCUGUGAAUGGCCAUCAUUAAAGUCUUACAUUUGUUUUGUUUUUGUUGUGAAGGCACGUGAGGAAUGACUGCCCUGCCAGUGAGCUACAGGAGGAAUGUAUGAAGUUGUAUGCAUUUACAGCUCAUGUUUGACUUGAUCACUGCACUUUUCCAUUCACCUCAGAUCAAGUUUGCUCACCUUCGUUUGCCUAAUUAUUCUGAAUUUCACUGCAUCCUCACGCGAUGCAGGGGACCAAGACAUUCACCACUUGAUAUGGCAUUCCCGUUCAACAGGGCUGCGUGUGAUAGGGUGGGGGUUUACUUGCCACUGGAAAGGAAACGGAACAGCAUAGCAAUAAUAAAAUCGCCUCAGAUCGAGCACCGCAGUAGAUACCAGUCUUAAAUUAUUAAACUCAACAUUUCCAAUACAACUUUAUCAUGAAGGAUGAAUGUUUAUUUCUUUAUGACUGCCCUUGAAAAUCUCAGGUUGAACACAAACUUGACAGUAAAAACCACUAUUAAUGGAUUAUUUAUUCUGUAUCCACAAAUGAUCUGGCCAAAUGCUUAAAGACAUUGACAAAUAAUUGAAAUCCAAACCACCUCAGUGUUCUUCAGUAGGAAAGAUAAGGUUUGGUGCAGUGAAGUGCGUUCUUGAUUGACUGCUUAAAUUGGCCGUCUCCUUCGCUGCCCUUUCUAGCAGCAUGAACUCCCCCCCCCCCCCCCCCCAUGUUUGUUGAGAAUGAACUGUGGUACAUAUUUUUUUAUUUAAAUUUGAAUGUCAUUUGACACGUUUGUUGACCUUCAUCCGAAAGGAAGUCGACCUAACCCUGUCUUGACUUCAGUUCUGAUAAUAAUUAACGGUGCUGCAAGGGAAUCCAUAAUGUGCCAAGAAGGCAAUGAUCAUCUGCAUUUCAGUGUCAUUUGAUGAAGCUUUUAUUUAAAGUGAUUUUAUUUAAUCUUUAGCCGUCUGUGUGCGCAUUCUCAGCAAAGUUUGUUUUUGUUUGCAUCAGCUCACUCCGGAAGCACUAUGCCUUGUCUCUGUCUCAAAUCAUGACACCAUGAAUAUGGGACUGGAUUAUUCCACAUUUAGUUUUCACAAAUAGAAAACACAAGUGCCAAAUGGUACAUGAGUGGAACUUGGCAUAGCAGAUACUCAUGCAGUGUAGUUUCACUCACUAGUUUUAGUUUUUAUCUGUAAGAGCUGGCUCUCCCCCUACUGGUCAGUCCUUGUGUGAAACUCCAGACAUCUUGUUCUGCUCCAUUUUGAAUUUUUUAGUCGACUUCACACAAGAAAAUGAGGUUGAACUGGGAAUGCUGACACAACACCAAGUUGAUGAUUUUCUUAUUCUCUUGUUUGUAAUACAUCAACAAUGGACAUGUACAUUUCAUUGUCCAAAGAAAUCAUUAAACAUCCCUUUGCUACA